GGACAGCCACGUGACGCCUUCCUCCCCGUCACAUGACCACAUAGUAGUACAAUGUGCAGCAGCAUCGGGCUGUCAGAUCUUCCGGUACUGGGAUGAGCGAGUCGGUGUUUCACGAGCGGCAGCGGCUGGAGCUGUGCGCUGUACAUGCUCUCAAUAACCUUCUACAGAAGCCGGAGUUCAGCCAGCAGAGGGCCGAGGAGAUCUGCCGCGGCCUCGCUCCAAACUCCAUGAUUAAUCCUCACCGCAGUCUUCUGGGUACCGGCAAUUACGAUGUCAACGUCAUUAUGGCAGCUCUUCAGACUAUGGACUAUGCAGCGGUAUGGUGGGACAAACGAAGAUCUCUGGAGAGUCUGGUUCCGAGUGAAAUCUUUGGCUUCAUCCUCAAUAUUCCAUCUCCUGUGUCUCUGGGAUUCCUCUCUCUGCCCAUCACACGCAAACACUGGAUUGCCGUGCGACAGAUUGACGGUGUUUACUACAAUUUGGACUCCAAGCUGAAAGCACCCAUCAAACUUGGUGGCACGAAGGAGUUAAAGGAGUUCCUGCAUGGCUGCAUGUCGAGAGGCUCCUGUGAGAUCCUGUUGGUGGUUGGGAGGGAUGUGGAGGACGCACGGCUGUGGAUAAGAACAGAGGAACAGGCAGCCACAUAAACACUGAGCCACAGAGCUUCCCACGUUUACAAUGGAGUUAGCCGUCUGCCUCCUCUCUCAGCUGUGCUGAUUCGCUCUCCCAAAGACUUUAAUAAUCACCCUGUAACCCAAAGACUCUUCCCAUUGUAUUUAUUUAUAUAAGGUUUGCUCUCCUGCCGAGUCAGGCUUGAUUUACCACAGCUAUUAUUAUGGCGGAUUAUAAAAAGUUGUAUAAAUGUCACCUUACUGUAUGCGACAUGACUCUUUUACACUAAUAUGCACAUCUGCUGAUGCCUUAAAUGUUAUUUUCUCUCUACCUGGUGCUGAAAAUUAAUAUAUUUCCAGAGGCACACCGAAAAUGUUUUAUUUCUAAUUCGAAUAAAUUUUUUUUUAUAAAAA